GCGUCUUUCAGAAGAGCAAAUGUGUUUUGCUUCGUUUGAUUCUGCGAUCAAUCAUCCGCUAGGAGUUCCGACGAGCUGACUGAAUUAUGGAAAGCGAUGAUACGAGCGUACCAAUGCUGGGUUCACAGACCACCAGCAGCAGCCGCGGUCGAGUGUCCCUUCUCAAAGUGCGACAUGUCUCAAUUAUUGCAAGUCUACUACCAGCAUCAGCUUUAAUAAUAUGUGUUCUAACCUCUCUUCACAUGCAUUUCUAUCAGACUACAAACACACAUUGCAAAGUGAAGAACUGGCUGCCCUCUUUAAGUGCCCUAGUUGCUCUCCGACCGGAAAAGUAUAUCUGGAAAACAGCAGUGGCGCUGCACUUCUGGCCCCGCGUGAUGAUGAUGGUUACGUAUUUUCAGUACAACAGAAUGAGAGAUAGUUCUUUCUGGUCAUGGCUGGUGGAAAUCAUUUUCUUCUUGGAGCUAACCUGCCUCACUGUAUUGACCUGUGUCACGAGUCUGGACAAUUUCAGAGUUCACAGAAACAGUUUUUUUGCUUUCAUUGCCUUUUCCACUCUUCACAUGGUAGUGAGAGUGCAUCAAAGCAGACGUCUUUUAAAAAGGAACUACAUGACGUUAACGCUAGUGAAAAGAAAACUAAUGAUUACUGUGCUUUACUUUGUAUCCGUUAUUCUAGCUGCCCUAAUGUACAUCAUGCAUAAUACAUUAUGUAUUGCAGGGUUCUAUACCUUAUUUGCUUUAUGUGAAUACAUAGUUGUCAUUAUAAAUUUGACCUUUCAUAAUUUAGUGGCCUCUAAUUUCUCAGAUCAUCUUUUAUUUAUAAAACCUGGUGAGCUAUUCGCCAUAUCUGCUUAGAAGUCGGAUCGGAUCUCGUUAACAUUUCCCACUGAGAUUCAUAAUGAAGUUUUCGACCAUUUAAUUGUUAAACCUUGCAAAUUUUGUACCUUGUUCUCCAUGUUUUGCUAGGGGGUGAAUCGGUAUAGCUAACAAGAUCCGGCCGAUCAAUGCAUGGCAAUAUAUCUAUGUUUUUCGCAAUGUUCUGACCACUUCACAAAGUGGGAAGGAGUGUUUUUUUUUGCACGCAGGGUUUCUAUCAUUCAAGGGUAAAAGACUAAUUG